CACUUGCAGCAUAUGAAAGUUCCCAAGCUAGGGAUAGAAUUGGAGCUGCAGCUGCCAGCCACAGUCCCAGCCACAGCCAGAGCCACACCAGAUCUGAGCCACAUCUGGGACCUACACCACAGCUCAUGGCAAUACUGGAUCCUUAACCCACUGAAAGAGGCCAGGGAUCAAGCCCACAACCUUGGGGAUACUAGCCAGGUUUGUUAUGGAGCCAAAGUGGGAACUCCAACAGGGCUUUUUGUAGCAACACACCCGACAAAGACCAAGCUCUUAUAACUGAACCUGAAACUAAGCUGUGGGCUUAAUCCAGCCAUAGGAAGUAAUAUCCUAGAAAAGAUGCUUCCUUUUAACUUCUUUCCAGACCUCGAGUCUUAUUUGGUCUUUACAUCCCAGACUCAAAGGGACUCUCAGAAGUUUCUAAAGCCCAGAGAGAGGAAGGGACGUGUCCAAGGUCACCAAGAGAGCAACAAAUGAGUAUCGAUUCUGCUAGACAGAAGCUGCGUCUGCCUCUGCUAGAUUCCCAGCACCCAGCACACAGUACGUGCUCAGUAACAAUCUGCUGAGUGACCGAGUGGCUGACCCAUCACACUCGGCAAUUCUUUUUGUUUAACCAAACUUCAGCAAGAGAAUAGCUACCUUCAAAUGUUUAUGCGGAUAAGAUUUAGGGUUGGUUGCUGACCCAGGUUAAUCACCUACUCCUGUAUGUUCCAGACACUCUCUUAAUAAUCACCCUGUUUCAGGCUGGAGGAGGGAAAACCAGCACAGGCCCUGGGGAGGGAGGGGUCGUGAAGAUGCUGGAGCUCUGGUCCAGGAGGUGGCGAGCACAGAGCCAGCAGGUAGCUGUGACUGAGGACACAGUCUUUGAUCUGGAGCCUUGGUGCCGAGUGGCUCACCAGCACUUUUCUGUGUGUUUCUCAUCUGAGCCACACAGCAUCCCCUUUUUUCAGAAGAAAAUGGAAUCUCGGAGCCGGGUGAUUUGGUAUCACACAGCUAGUUAGUGCAGAAGCUGGGGUGCAAGGCUGGGUUGUUUGAAUCGGGCAUUGAAUAUCUGGAGCCACUGCCCUUGGCAGCACCUGAAGGAAUGAGACAGAGUCCUGCAGUAGAUGAGACAGGUGCACAGCACAAGAAGAGGGAGGAUAGCCAAGGGCUGUGGGGGCACAAGGAGGGAGCAGGUAACUCUGCAGGGGCAGGAGGGAGAAGCAGGAGGAGAGAUGGAGCUGGGCUCUGAAGAGGAAGCAGAGAUGCCCCCACCCCGGGGGAAGAGAGGGAGGACUUGUCUACAAGAGGGAACUUCUUAGGCAAAGACGUAGCUGGGACAAGACAUGGUUUAUUCAGGAGAGGGUGAACCCAUCAGCCCCUACAAAUGAUAGAUGCAAUUAAGUAGGAGGAAUGAAGAGGAAAGAUCCACCGGUCCUGAAGGAUGGAUAGGACUCCAAUGUUGUCACAGGACACUGGACUCACAGUCAAUCCAGGAGUGAAGGGACCGAGGAAGGGGGUAAUUCUAUCUUCUAAAAGGUUAAAGUUCACCCUCAGCUCCUAUUUCUCCCUCAGACCAGGGAUCACCUGGACCAGAAAACAGCUUUCCCACCUAACACUUGACCCCUGCCUCCCACCUGACACAGGCAUUUCCCAAGGAGGCUGAGACCAGCUCAAAGAGCAAUGAAAGUAACUUGGGUGAAGACAGCAGCCCCUUCCCACCCUGUCUUUAUAAAGCUAGUCAGUGACCAGAAGUACCUCAGCCAGAUUAGAACCUAGCUUUCUCUCCUUGUGUGAUGUUAUUGCCAACAUCGUGUGUCCUCGAGAGCAGUAUGGAAGCCAAGAAGUGAGUCACUUGGCUUUCACGACUAGGGUUAAAUGCUAUGAUCAGUGGCUCUAUUGGGAUAUGUAUGUUUUUGUACGUUCUUUUAAAAACCAAUGGACGGUCUGUGAUUCCCUAAGGAGAGAUAACCAGGAAUCAGACGUACACAUCCAAUGGAGUGGAAAUGGUCAACACGUACACCCAAAGAAACAUGAGGUGAGCAUCAUUCAUCAGCCAUCCACCUUCCAGAGCUCAUCUCACCUAAUUCAAGGAAAGGGGGCAGCAUGAGUGACAGGCAUGGCAUCUUUUUGUCCACUUACAUGUAUUACUGCUGUAGCCCCAGCACCUAAACAACACCUAGAACAGAGUAGGCAGUCAAGGAACAUUCAGUGAGUGAAUGAAUCUGAAAUACUAUGGGUAUAAGUCAGCCAUGUGAAGUCAUAACCUAGAGAAGAUGCUUCCUCUUAACAGCCAAGAAUGCUUUAGAUUCUAAAAGAGCAUGUAAACCAUGAAUCCUACACUAGUAUCUCCCCUGAGCCCACUGUGAGGAGAAGAGAGAAGAGCCUUGGGGAUUAGAAUGGGCCCCACUUCCCCCAAGUGACAACAAAACUGCAGAGCUGAGAGGGCAUCUUGCAGCCUUGAAGUCCACUCGCUUGUUACACUGAUGCUGAGACUAAAUUCCAGACGCAGGGCUGGCCUGCCCCAGGUCACACAUCUAGGUUGCUUGGCUCCCAGACUAGCCAGUGCCCUUUCCAACACCCCUGUGGUCCAGCUGGGAGAGGAGGGAGAAUGAGAUGGGUCAGGCAAACCAGACGGCGGUGGCGGAGUACGUCCUGCUGGGGCUACACGAGCACCACAACCUAGAGCUGGUCCUGUUUGUGCUCUGCCUGGGCAUCUACUCCAUCAAUGUGCUGGGGAACACCCUCCUCUUUGGGCUGAACCUGCUGGACCCCCGCCUGCACAGCCCCAUGUACUUCUUUCUCAGCAACCUCUCCCUCAUGGACCUCUGUGGCACAUCCUCCUUCGUGCCCCUCAUGCUGGUCAACUUCCUGAAAACCCAAAGCACCAUCUCCUUCCCUGGCUGCGCUUUGCAGAUGUACCUGACCCUGGCACUGGGCUCCACGGAGUGCCUGCUCCUGGCCGUGAUGGCGUGUGACCGAUAUGUGGCCAUCUGCCAGCCGCUUCGGUACUCAGCGCUCAUGAGCAGGCAGACGUGUGCGUGGAUGGCGGCGCUGAGCUGGGGGACCGGCUUUGCCAACUCUCUGCUGCAUUCCAUUGUCACCUGGAGCCUCCCCUUCUGUGGCCACAAUGUCAUCAACCACUUCUUUUGUGAGAUCUUGGCAGUGCUGAAACUAGCCUGUGAGGACAUCUCUCUCAAUGCACUGCUAACACUGACCACCACUGUCCUGACCCUGGCCCCGCUGCUGCUCAUCUGCCUGUCCUACGUUUUCAUCCUUGCUGCCAUCCUUCAGGUGCCCUCUGCUGCCGGCCGGCGCAAAGCCUUCUCCACCUGCUCUGCCCACCUCACGGUGGUGGUGGUUUUCUAUGGGACUAUCUGUUUCAUGUAUUUCAAGUCCAGGUCCAAGGAUCCCACCAUGGAUAAGAUUCUCGCACUGUUCUAUGGACUCGUGACACCCUCACUGAACCCCAUCAUCUACAGCCUGAGGAAUGCAGAGGUGAAGGCUGCCACCAUAGCUCUUUUGAGGGGAGAUCUGCUCUCCAGGAAAAUGUCCCACUUUUCCUGCCGCUCUCUAACUCUGUUGGGCAGGACAGGCUAGGUUAUCCCGCGGUCGUGACUACAGAAUUUCAGGGGUUUAAAACCACAAAGGUUUUUUUCUUGCCCAUGCUGCGAGUCCAUUGCAGGUUGGCUGGGGGAUCUGCUCUGCAUUGGCCACACCAUUCUAUAGUCAGCUCAGGGGCUCCUAAAAUUUUCUAGAGACUUCACUGGCUGCUGCCAGGUUAAUCAUGGCAGGAAAGCGCUGGUUGGCUCCCAUGUGGUGGUUUUGGUUUGGGUCAAGCUAACCAGGUCAGAACCACGCCUCCCGGAAUUUUCUUCCUUUCUGGAUUAGAUUUGACCAGGAGGGAAAUCUGCAUGAGAUCAGAAGGCAGGGGCAAAGCUGCAUCGCUAAGCGGGAGGAGAACAGGGCCUUACCUGCUGUUAGCGCAGCGGCCAACUCCAGCUGCUCUGCGUCCUGUGUCAGGUGCAGCUCCAGCUCCAAGGCAGAGUGCCAGCUCCUCCUGCAGGCCACCAGUGUCACUGAAGCUGAAGGCAGUGAGGGCCAGACAUAGGUUCCAGUUUGUCUUCUGGGUGCUGGUCUGUCCCUACCUCCCCCUACACGCCAGCCAACUCAACCAUUGGUUCAACACCAAGUGCAGAGGCACAGCUUUGCCCAGGAGAACCAACUGUUCCCACAAUCUAUAGCUUUAUUCUCUAUUCAAACCCCUUAAGCCACUCACAGUGGUCCUGCUACUUUGGUCAAACUCUGGCUGACUCAUCACAAGUUCAAUCAAGAACUUGUGACGUUUCCCUAUUACCACAGCAUGAGGCCCAAAUUCUUCAGCUGAGUCCUCAGCGGCUUCUUCGGCUGGACGGUCCACUAACCCCUUCACACAGCCAUCCCCUCCUCACUACAGUAUCUGCCCGAACCUCCGUGUCCUGCUCGUGGUGGCCUCUGUGAGACCUGGAACUAUUUUCAGAGCCAGCUAGACACCGAAUCUCCCACAUAUCCUUUCCUUGUGCAUUUUUUUUUUUUUUUUUUUUUGUCUUUUUGCCUUUUCUUGAGCCACUCCCGCAGCAUAUGGAGGUUCCCAGGCUAGGGGUUUAAUCGGAGCUGUAGCCACUGGCCUACACCAGAGCCACAGCAACGUGGGAUUCGAGCCACGUCUGCGACUUAUACCACAGCUCACAGCAAUGCCAGAUCCUUAACCCACUGAGCAAGGCCAGGGAUCAAACCCGCAACCUCAUGGUUCCUAGUCGGAUUCGUUAACCACUGUGCCACAACAGGAACUCCAUUUCCUGGUGCACUUUGAAGGGGAUCUCCUUCCUUUAUGCCCCAUAGCCCUUUGUUGGACCCUUUCCUCACAUCUAUGCCAUUCUGCUUGGCAUUCAUAAUAUUUCCCCACAGUGUACGCUCCUGGAGGGCAGGAUUCAACCAGGUCCAGCUCAUCUCUGCAGCUCCCAGAGGUUUCCCUAGCGAGGGUUACUGAACUGAACUGUCACUCAGGAGCCCGCACAAUGUCACAUCUGGGGAGCCUGUGCUGUGGAGCCUGCUCUAGGCAGUUGCAAGCAGUCAGGGGUCUUUGUCCGAUUGUGUGGACAGACACAUGCAAGGAGCAGCAGUACCUGAUGGCCAUGGUCCUGUAUUCCAGGAAGUCCUGAAACAAGUCAGGAAAUGACAAAGGACCCCCAUUUGGGGAGCCAGGGUCCCAGACCUGGUUCAGCUGCUCUGCCCAGCACAGCCUUCUUGCUGGCCCUCUCCCUCCAGGAAUCCCCGUUGCUGUAAGCUCGGAUCCUGCAUUGCUGUGUCUGUGGCAUAGGCCGGCAGCUACAGCUCCAAUUGGACCCCUAGCCUGGGAACCUCCAUAUGCUGCAGGUGUGGCCCUAGAAAAGACAAAAAGACACACACACAAAAAAAACAAUCUGAAAAAAUAAAACAACACACCAAUUUGAUCAUGCCCUUCACCUUGUUGGUCAAGUGAAAACGCAGAGCAGGACCUCAGGGUAAAAAUGGCCUUGACGU